AUGGGGCAAAUCGCUCAGCAACUAGCCUCGAGUACUCAAGCACAAGGUGCUCUACCUAGUGCAACCGUGACAAAUCCUAGAGAGCAUAAUAAUGUGAGUGCGGUGACAACACGAAGUGGUAAAUCUGAUGAAGUUGUUGAGGAAGGGGAUGAAGAGGAAGACCAAUUGAUCGAAGUGGACCUUGAGAUCAAUGAAAAUGAAGUUGUUAGGGAAGAAGUGGUAGCACCGAAACCGGUUGUGAAAGAAACAGUCAUUGAGCCCAAGCCGGUUGUUAAGCUCCCCUUCCCCACUAGAAAUAAGAAAAAAGGACAACAUGAGAAAAACUUUGAAAAAUUCUUAGAGUUGUUCAAGAAGCUGGAGAUUAACAUUUCGUUGUUGGAGGCACUUGAACAAAUGCCUACGUAUGCCAAGUUCAUGAAGGAUAUCAUUUCAAAGAGGCGUACCACCUACGCUAACCCAAUUAUUCUAACCGAAACUUAUAGUGCUAUUUUGCAGGGUAUGAAGAUUCCGAUAAAGAAGAAGGAUCGAGAAGUUGUCAUUAUCCCAUGUACUAUUGGAGAUAGGUCGUUCAACAAAGCUCUUAUUGAUCUGGGAGCUAGUGUGAGUCUCAUGUUGUUAUUUAUUUAUAAGAAGCUUGGUAUAGGGGUUGUGCAAGAUACCAGGAUGACACUCCAAUUCGCCGAUCAUUCAGUCAAGAAACCGUAUGGCAUUGUCGAAGAUGUUCUGGUGAAAAUUGAUAAGUUUGUAUUUCCAGUGGAUUUUGUAAUUCUUGAAAUGCCGGAAGAUGAAAAGAUCCCUCUCAUUCUAGGGAGACCCUUUUUGGAGACGGGACAGUGCUUGAUAAACAUAGAAGAAGGAACAAUGACGCUGAAGGUUUAUUAUGAGGAAUUGAAAAUCGAUGUUCGAAACACCAUGAGGUACAAGGAUGAUAUUUGUACCAGUCAUCCUAUAGAGGUUCUGGAUCAGGUGAUGACAUAUGAUAACCCUUUGCAUACACCCCAGUCACUGUUGGAAAGAGUGUUGAGUUUAUCCAUUUUCGAUUCGGAUAAAGAGGUGGAUAAUAGGGAGUCUGAAGUGCUUGGCUUGUUAGACACACAAACCUCGUGGAAAGGAUCUCGACCAUGUCGGUGGAAGGAUUUACACCUACCUCAAUCUAGUGAGGAAAAUGAAGAACUUAAGUAG